CCCGCCAUGCUGGAUACCUUUGAGAUCCUCACCACCUCGGGCGUCGUGCUCUGGUCGCGCACCUAUGUCCCCGUCGCCGCCGGCGUCAUCAACAGCCUGAUCCGUGACGUCUUCAUCGAGGAGCGCAUCCCGCCACCGUCUGACGAUGGCGGCUCCAAGCCAGUGUACAAAAAGGACGGCUACACCCUCAAGUGGUCCGCCGCAAAGGACGCCGGGCUCAUUUUCGUCGCCGUAUACCAGAGCCUGGUCCACCUGACGUGGGUAGACAGGCUCCUCGACAAUGUGCGCGCCCUCUUCGUCGGCCUCUACGGUGACAAACUCAGGGCGCACAAGGGCAGCCUCCUCAACUGCGACAAGUUCGGCUCCUACUUUGAUCGCCAGAUGCACGAGCUCGAGGGCGCAAGCGAUUCGGGCGCCCCGAGCAUCAAGCUCAUCACUCCCGAGUCGAGCACCGAUAAUGACAGCGCCGACGAUGCCGCCCCCAAGCCAGCAGCCAUGCAGAAACCUCAGCGGCCCUUGUACGACACCAGCGCCGACUCCACCCCAGUGCCCACCCCGGAUACAUCGAGACCAACCACGCCAGCACAGAGCCAAUUGCUGACCGGAAAGGCGAGGCCAGUCGGCGGCAAGAUGUCACGCAGAGACAAGAAAAAGGCCUCGGCCUUUAGCUCUGCGCCCGUGUCCUCCGGGGACGAGGCAUCGGCAAAGAAAAAGCCAAAGGGCUCCGCAAAGAAGGGCAGGGUGUGGGGCGAAUUUGGCGCAGAAGAGGAAGACGACUCCAUCCUCGACUACUCGCAAUCAGACGUCCAGGCAGAUGCAUCCGGCAAUGAAGCCAUGGAGGAGAUCAAGCAGGAGACAUGGGGUCGCAAGACCAACAAGGGCGAGUUUGUGCUCAAGGACCUGGAUGACGAGAUGGAUGCCAUCAUUGCAGCUCAGAAUGCCAACAAGGAAAAGAAUGCGCCUGCCGCAUCUGCUGGGCUUGUUGGGUCAAGUUUGGGCGCAAUCGGUGGGCUGUUUAGGAACGUCGUGGGCGGCAAGACACUGACCAAGGAGGACCUGGCCAAGCCUCUCAAGGGCAUGGAAGAGCACCUUUUGCGCAAGAACGUUGCGCGCGAGGCUGCAGUACGGCUGUGCGACAGCGUGGAGCGUGAUUUGGUGGGCAUCAAGACACCCAGCUUCACUACCAUCGAAACAACACUCAAGUCAUCCAUGGAAAAGGCCCUCACCAAGAUACUCACGCCCACAUCUUCCCUCGACCUGCUCCGCGAGAUUCAGCAUACAAACUCUACGACGACUCGCCCCUAUGUACUCUCCAUUGUGGGUGUCAACGGCGUUGGAAAGUCGACCAACCUCUCCAAGAUUGCCUUUUUCCUGCUGCAAAACCAUCACCGUGUCCUGAUUGCGGCCGCUGACACUUUCCGAUCGGGUGCCGUCGAGCAACUGCGGGUGCACGUCGAUCGGUUAAAGGAGCUAUCCCAAAGAGAAGGUGGGCACGUCGACCUGUUUGAGAAGGGCUAUGGCAAGGAUGCUGCAAACAUUGCUGCUGAUGCAGUCACGUUUGCCACAAAGAACAACUUCAACGUGGUGCUCAUUGACACAGCAGGGCGCCGACACAACGAUCAGCGACUCAUGUCGUCGCUGGAAAAGUUUGGCAAACUGGCCAACCCUAACAAGAUUCUCAUGGUUGGAGAAGCACUAGUCGGCACAGACUCGGUCGCUCAGGCCCGAAACUUUAACGCAUCGUUUGGCCCUGGAAGGAAUCUUGAUGGGUUUGUCAUUUCCAAAUGCGAUACCGUGGGCGAUAUGGUGGGGACGCUGGUGUCCAUGGUGCAUGCCACAGGGAUUCCCGUCGUCUUCUUGGGUACGGGGCAGCACUAUAGCGACUUGAGGACGCUGAAUGUCGGUGCAGUUACGAGGCUGCUAAUGAGUUAGCCAUUGGUCGGUCCGAGAUAGGACUCGGCUGGGCUCGGUGGUGCAUGUGCAUACAUGCUCCAAGGUCCGGUAAAACGGAACAAGGAGAACAUUAACGUCUCCCCUACCAAAACUCAGUGCCCGUUCAAUGACACAACAAUAGCAUAUAUAAUCUCUACUAUGUAUUAAAA